AUGUCUACGCAGACCGUGCCGGCCUGGUUCGGCGAGUGGCUGAUGUCGGCGGGCAUGUCGCUGGUCGUCGGCGCGAUCGUGCUGGGCGGGCUGUACGCACUCAUGCGCCGCGCGGGAGCGCGCUGGUGGAUCUGGGGCACCGCUGGCGGCAUGGCGCUGACCACGCUCAUGGUGGCGAUCAGCCCGAUCUUCAUCGAGCCGCUGUUCAACACCUACAAGCCGGUGGAGGACGGCCCGCUCAAGCGCGCCGUGCUGCAGAUGGCCCACGCGGUCAGCGUGCCGGCCAACGAUGUCUACGUGUUCGACGCCUCGCGGCAGACCACCCGCAUCAGCGCGAAUGUGUCGGGGCUGUUCGGCACGGCCGCGGUCCGGCUGAACGACAACCUGCUGCGGCGCACGUCCGAGCCGGAGGUGCGCGCCGUCAUGGGCCACGAGCUGGGCCACUACGUGAUGAACCACAUCCCGAAGAUGCUGAUCAUGCUGUCACUGGUGCUGCUGAUCGGCUUCUUCGUGGCGCAGGCCGUGCUGAGCCGCCUGCUGGCCCGGUUCGCGCCGGCCACGAGCGUGCAGCGCGUUGACGACGUGGCAAGCCUGCCGAUGCUGAUGGCGGUGUUCUCGCUGUUCUUCACGCUGGUCACGCCGGUCAUGAACACCAUCACCCGCGUGCAGGAGACUGAGGCCGACCGCUUCGGCCUGGCCCUGUCGCGGGAGCCGCAUGGCUUUGCCGAGGCGCAGCUGCGUCUGGUCGAGUACCGCAAGGCCGAUCCGGGGCCGCUGGAGGAAGUCGUCUUCUUCCAUCACCCCGGCACGCGCAACCGCAUCCUCGACGCCAUGCGCUAUCGCGAGGCGAUGAACCUGCCCUGA